GGGAACUGGUUCAGACUGUUGUUGAAGAGGAAAGACCCCUGGAUGUUUGGAUCCAUGGGGAAAUCUGUAACUCUACCUCCAGGUCUCAGUAACACAUCCAAUAAGAUCCAGGCGAAGAAGACCUCUGAGGGGCCCACGAGGAGUUCUCCUACUCACGGGCGAUGUCUCGAUUUGGUUCAACACCUUUUUGACUUGGUAUUUAAAUAACAAAUAACACCAACAGAAUUUUGACAGUCUUCAAUGUUUCCUGAAGUUUGCACGGCACCAGAUUAACUCUUAACACUUGCCCUGCACCCUCUUCUCAGCCACAGUGCAGUCUGUGAUAAUCCCAUAUCUGAAGUCUUGCGUGAGCCCUCCAGAAACAGAUUUUCCCCUAAAGGAACGUCCCUCCAGCCGGCUCUCCUCUCAGAAAUCAUAAAUAAGCAGUAUGUGGAAAUGGACUGGCACCUUGAUAAAGAUGGGACACAUUAGAAUGCAGCCCAGGAUUGGCCGGGGUCUCACAGCAUUAAUGGCUUUCUAUUGGCUCCUCUCUGAGAGCCGAGCCUUUUAUUGGACGGCAGCAGAUUAAUAGUGUUUUGAACAGGUGGAGUGGGAACAAGUUGAUUUUUUGAUGGCCUGCUAUGUCUGACCAAGUGUGGUAGAGGAGGGGAGGGGGCUGAGCCUGGGGUUGCAAAGAGGAGGAGGGGGGGUUGUGUGCUUUGCUCUGUUUCCUUUAAUGAUAAGGAAACAGGAAAAUAAAACACUGAAUUCUUUUCUUGAUGCAACCAUAACACAAACCUGAGAAAGUCCACAUUUCUGCAUCCAUGUCAGUGGAAAAAAGUAUGUAGUGACUAUGCUGACCUGAAUUUUAGUCACUUUCUGGGUGUGUGAGUGAGGUGUUUUUGAUGUGCUUCCAGUACAACAACCCAAUGUCCAAUCCAAGGUUGUUGUUGAGCUAUAUUUUGCCAUUUAUUAUGAAAAACAAACAAAAAAAGGACAGAUAUGUCCAGCUUACGAUGAUGAUGAGGGAGAGAUUGCUGUUGGAGAUUAGCGGUAAAAACUGUGUGCUCCUCCCGUUCCCCAGAUCACCACUUCACCUGUGUCCCUUUUGUAGCAUUUACCUGCUAAUCCACCUGAAGUGCCCCUUAUGGUGAUUGUACAAGGAACAAAAAUAAUAUAGAUAAAAUGGCUCAUACAAAGUCUACAUUAAAACAAAUAAACACUCAUGCAUCCACAUUUUAAAAAGACGUGAUUGCUUUUAUUUCUUUGGCUCUCUUUUUGCACUCAUAUUCUCCUUGUUCUAAGUCUUAUGCUGUUAUAAAGAUUUUUUUCUACCAGCAUGCUUCAGAAAAAAAGUCCCCUACGAGUCUGAAAAAAUAACCAAAAAGACUAUUAAUGUUAUUCUGAAAUUGUUUGUUAUUGUGAUAUCCCCUCUCAGAAUAAAUAUACUUUCAAACAAAAUAUUCACCCACUUUUUUCACACAGGGUCAAGUCUUGGAGCCAAAGUGAAUCAGCUCAAACUCAGGCUAUCUGCAUGAGUUUAGAUUUUUUUUGUUGCUAGAAAGAAGAGCCUCAUUUCCAUGUAACCUAACCUUUGCAAAAUGAAAUAAAAAUGCAUCGUAAUAAAUCCAUCAAUGAAAAACGUUUAGAAAAACACAUGCAUUCAUAUUCAUAAGACAUGAUUGCUAUUAUUUCUUUAUCUCUGUUUUUGCUCUCAUAUUCUCCUUUGUGAUUAUUAAUUGCAUCAAGUCUUAUGCUGUUAUAAAGAUUUUUUUUCUACCAGCAUGCUUCAGAAAAUUAAAAAAAGGUCCCCUAGGGGUCUAAAGAAAAAACCAAAAGUACUAUUAAUGUUAUUCUGAAAUUGCUUGUUAUUGUAAUAUCCCCUCCCAGAAUAAAAUAUACUUUUAAAUAAAAUAUUCACCCAUUUAUUUUUAAAGUCAUGGAGCCAAAGCAAAUCAGCACAACCUCUGGCUAUUUGCAUGAGUUUACACUUUUUUGUUGCUAGAGAGAAGAGCCUAAUUUCUAUGUUACCUUACCUUUGCAAAAUGAAAUAAAAAUACAUCGUAAUAAAUCUGUCAAUUAAAAACGUUGUGCUUGGGUCUUUAUUUUGCAUUAAUUAGUCUCAACAUUAUAAGGCAGAAAGAGUAUUAGUGUAACAAAUUAAUAUGUUACAGGGUUGUGUAAAAACAGAAAACAUUCAAAUAGGUCAAUAAAUUAUAAAUUGCUUUAUGGUCAAGUAAACAGAGGACAGUCAUUUUGAAAGUCUAUCACAGGAAACCUUAGUAAAUAUUUAAUCCAUUUUAUAAAACUGUUUCUGAGACCUCAUACAUUUACAGGAAUCAAAGUGUGAACUUAAGUUUCAUUAUAAGUGAGCAGGUCAAUUGCCUUUAUUUUCAUUAUUACCUGGCAUGAUGUCAGAUUAUGCAAUUACACCUGAGAACAAAAGGAUUUUCAUCCACCUCAUAAAGUUGAGUAUAAAAUAAAAACUUAACAUAGAAAAUUUGGAGUUAUCAUGUUACCCCUCAAAUUAUAUGCCAUAGGGCAGACUGGGGUAAGAUGAGCCAUUUUUCAUAUUUCGGAUCACUACAUCAAGGCAAUCACAGUUUUGUCUCCAACCGUUCACAUUAGAUGCCGCAAUACCGCAUAAAAAGAUCGGAUUUGACAAAAAAUAUAAACUGUGCAUGAUAACCUGCAGUAUGAACGUAGCCUAUGAUUGCAUAUAACUGUUAAAAAGCUGUUUUGUAAAAAGCCAUUUUAACACAAGAAUGCCUUUUAGUGAUUUAGAACAUUCACAGCUGUAUUCUUGAAAAGAAAAAGUAAAACAUUUCAACAAUCUGAACUGAAAUUCUGUUCCUCUCAUCAAACUAAUUUACUUUCUCUGUUAAACCACUGGCUCAACUUACCCCAGAACUACUAUGAUGACUUUAUUAGUCCUCUAAGCUAAAAUGUUGGACUUUUAUAGGUUUUUGACCUCAUGUUGUAGCUCACAGAUACCUCAAUUGAUGUAAAAACAAUGAUGAUAAAAUGAUCUUUUUUGGUCUGAACACAAUUCUAAUAAAACUUAUAACAGACUGAAUUCACUUUCAAGAGUGAAAAAUGUUUUUUUUUUUUUUUUAAAUAAAUGUCUAACCCCUUCACCCAUGUGCUUCUAACCUUCACAGACUCCAUUAAUUGAUGCCCAUCUCUAAAAUAUUUGGUCACAUGAUCAAUUUUCUUUUGCCAUUUCAAAGCAACAGGGGGUGGCUCAACUUAUCCCAGUCUCCCCUAUUGAAGAUUUAUAAGUUAAUACAGUAUAUCUCACUGAUUUGCUGUUUGAUUGGAUAGUAAUGAACAUGUCUUAUUGGAGGCUGUCCUGACCAUAGACUUCUAUAUACAGUCUAUGGUCCUGACACGUGUCCGGACAUGCCCGCUUUUCCAGGGAUCCUCUCCGUGUGCCUCUAAGCGUCUGAAAUUUCCCUGGGAUUUCAGAGUCUUGUUGGAAGAAAUCAUGUGAUUUUGUUCAAGGAUGCUGUAGGAAACUCUGUAACUUUCCAAGAGUGAUGAUGUCAGCCAGGAAUCCCAGACAUGGAAUUACACCGUGUCACAUGACCACGACAGCCAAUCAAUCAGCCAGCGUAUUUCCUGUGGGAGGCGACAAAGUGUGUACACACUCAUCCACGAUUACCGGGCAGAAACCAGGAAACUCUAGAGGUAUGGACUUCAUCAUCGUACACUCAUCGAAUUUCUCUCGUUUUACACAACAUUACAGCACGUAGAGAGUUCUUUGAAAACCACAGAAGAAGCCAAGCAGGUGGAGUUUGAAGCGGUGGUAAUUUUCCAUCAUGUUUUCAACUUAAACACUACUUCAAAACUGGUGUGGAAAAACGAGGUCAAAUUGGGUUGCAUUUCCGAAAAAGCUUUUUGGGUUCUGAGGAAAUGGGUUUGUCUGAGUGAAGUUUUUCAGAUAUGAGCUUCCCCUCAGUUUAGGAAAACGACACAUCUCAAAAAAGGGUCAAAUUUACAGUGAAUUUAAGCACUUUUAUAUGAGGAGAGGCACUUUAAAGCUUCAAUUCAGGCAGAUGCCCAAUAUGAACACCUUCACAUGAAAAAUAACAGAUUUAAACUUUGAGAAAGUUUAGUUUUAGUGUGAGAAAACAACUUAUAGGCAUCAGUAAAUGAAAAUUAAGUACAAACUGGGUGCAUUCAUGAGAAAAUAAACAUACACUUUAUUUGUAAUCCCAAUUAAACCAUAAAUUUUGUCUAAUCUUUUCUAUUUUUGCAAAACUUACACAAUAAUAUGAAGUUUGUCUUACGGCAUAAAACACAAGACAGUAACAAAAGUGAAGAAGAACCUUCGUCCAAAACUUCUGAAAUAUUUUUUAAAUUAAACUUUAACUUCUGUGUGAUCUAUUCUAUUUUUGCAAAACUUACACAUGCAUAUCAUCAAGUUUGUCUUACAGCAUAAAACACAAGACAGUAACAAAGGUGAGCCAGGACUUUUGUCCAAGACUUCUGAAAUAUGCAACAUCACAUGAAAAAAAAAAUCUGAAAUUUUGGACAGAAAUAAGCAUUUUUAUUAAAGUUAGCAAUUUUAACCUCUUUCUGAUCUACUCUUUUUUCGCAAAACUUACACAUGCAUAUCAUCAAGUUUGUCUUACAGCAUAAAACAUAUGACAGUAACAAAAGUAAACUGGGACUUUUGUUCAAAACUUCUGAAAUAUGCGACAUUGCAUGAAAAAAAUCUGAUAUUUUGGACAUAAGUGAGCUUUUUUAUUGUUAGGCUGUCGCAGUUAAACCAUAACUCUUGUAUGAAAUCUAUUUUUGUACACAAAUGCAUCUGAUUAUCAGUAUGACCUUUGUCUUUCAGCAUUAAAACACAGUAUAUGACAAUACCAGAUAGAAAAAGUUAGAGAUUUGCACAUGUGAUUUUUACAGAUCAUGUGUCUCGUGAUUUUUUGAGACCCCUCCUUCUUAACAGGUCAAGGAAAUGUAAAACAAACAGGAAUUCUGUUGGCGGGAUGCCCUCCCUGGCCCUAAAACUUUGAGGAAAAUUUCCAAAGUUUGGUUCCACCCUCUCGGUCCCGCCUCUUUCACUUUUCAUGUGAGGUCUGGAUUGUUGCUGUUUUGAAGCAGCACGUGCUCUAUUUAAGGCAGCCAGCACUCCCUCUUCAUGACAGUUAAAGCAAUACAUGCGGACGAGAAAGAGACGCGAAGAAAACACUGACAGCCUCUUCAAGAUGAUGAAGUGUGACAAUGAGAACUUGGGUGAGUUUCUUGUGCUUUUUUGUUAACAGAGAAAUGAUAACUUUGAUUUUUGAGAUAAUGCUUAAAUAGUAAAGGGUCUUCGGAAUGAAUUGUCUUGUUUAAUAAUAUAAGGAGCAAAAACUAAUUUGGGAUUUUUAAGACUGAAGUUUUGCAAGAAGUUGCCUUAUUUAUGUAUAUUUAAUGUCAAGACAGAUACAUUUUUCAUUCUAUGUACUUAUGACCUUAAAUUUUGGAAUGAUCUUUUAUGUAUAGUUAACAUCCUGUUACAUUAUCUCACAUGACUCAUCUGACAGAGCUUUGUAUUUACAGUAAUGUAAUAGUGAGCUCUUUGUGUUUAAUUGAUGUCCUCUCAGUGCUGCAACAGCUCUGCAAACAGGAGGUUAUCUUAAAACAAAGAAGAAACAUAGGAUGAACUCAGCACACUGAAUAAUAAAAGAGAUAAGAUGUUUCUAAAAGCUACACACUUCAUGGGAAACACCCAGUCUGUCACUGCUCAGAAGGGUUUAUAGGUUUUACAUACGAGAAGUAUGUGGGUUAAUGGUAUUGCUUCACGUGUGUGAGUAACACCUGUGAGAUAGAUCUUUCAGUGCACAGGAUGAAUGAUGGUUUAUUGAUGUCAGCUUCUCUUCUGUGAAUGAUCAACUUGCUGGAUAGAUAAAGGAGUACUUGUUUGUUUUGGCCAGAAGGAUACGCGAUCAUGUGGACUGCAAAAGCGAAAGCAUUUUCUUCUUUCAUUUUGACUUGUUUACUUGCUUAUCUGCUCCCUGAGACUUGAAAGCCCUCUUUAUGGCUUUACUCAAGUAAAUCUUUAACCUUCAAAUCCGUCUUGAAUAGAGACACCGGCGCUGUAGACAAAACUUGACCUCAAUAGAGUUUCUUGAAACCCUUUUCACAAACUGAUAAGUUGCAAUUUGCAAUAUUAAGAAAUCCAUGCACAGCUACAUUCAUAACUGUGUCAUUGUUUUUUUUUUUGCAGACAUUGUUGAGACGUCACACAGGUGUGGCUACUCCUGCCUUGGUCCCCUGACCUUCCACAGUCAGGCAGUGGGCACCAAGGUCAGCCUCAGCCAUGACCUCCGCCGUGCAACACGGGUCCAAAACACAUUUAAGAACGGUCUGGUGUUCAGCAACCGAGCCAUUAAACCCAUGGAGAAGAUUCAUCUGCGGGUGGAGAAGGACAUGUUAAACUGGCACGGCGCUUUGCGUGUGGGCUUCACCAAUAUCCCACCAUCAUCCAGGUCUCAGCCACUGCCCCCCUUGGCUAUCCCCAACCUCACCAGCACCCCCGGGUACUGGGCCGCUCCUGUGAGUGAGUCUCUCUGCAGCCGGGGUUCAGAGCUGGAGUUCUGGUUUUCCUCUGGAGGCUCCAUCUACGUCUCAGGAUCCAACAACCACAAACACAAACUGACAACAGGAGUGGACCUCAGGCUGCCCCUGUGGGCCGUGAUCGACAUCUAUGGAAACACGUGCUCCAUCUCCCUCCUGGGUGAGUUUACAAACACAGAAUAAGGAUUCUUUGCCUUCUGCGUAUCCAGUUUGUCCUGUAGUUGUGUGGACUGAAAGCUCACAAGUAUUUGAUUGUUGAUUUUCUUUGCUGCAGGCUCAAAGAAAGUGACCUGGGCCAUGACAAAAACCUCCUGUCCUGCACCUGAGUGCCUCAACUCAUCUGACAAGAGCCAAUGUGGAAACAGUGGAGAAACCAUCUCUUUUCUGAAAAUUGGAACACAAAUAGGUGAGAAAAUCAUUCAAGCUAGAUUUACACUGAGAACUUUGCUUUCGCUAAUCAAAAAUGGGGAGGAGAAUAUGAUCAACUAAUAUGAAUCUCCUAUUUAUGAUUUCUCUAUGUUAGGAGAUGAUGACAAUACGAUGGACUGUGUGGUGUGUAUGGGAAAACUCGCCAGAGUAAAUCUGCCUUGUGGCCACCGGUGUCUGUGUGUUUGUUGUGCUGAAAGGGUCUUCGAACAGUUUGGAAAGUGUCCCCUGUGCCGACAUCCAAUUUGAGCUGCGGAGGAGGAAGUCAGAUCUGGACACCUUUCAGGGGAACGGAUUCACCAGAACACAAGCUAUUUUGAGUGACUAUGAGAAGAAAACAGCAUGAGCUGAAACCACAGAGAGUAUCCUGGUUGCUGUUUGCUGUAGUCACUGAGCCCGUUUGACAAAUAAUGUUGUCACAUGUCAUUACUGGGCUUUUGUUAAUGUGUAAAUGUUGUACAGAAGCUGUGAGAUAAAACAUGCUGAGGUGUUAAUGUGAAGGUUAGAAGUCUGUUCUGCUUGUGUGGGAAGAAAAAUACAAAGUGAAACACUGGAAAAUGAAGAAAACUGCAGAUUUACUUUUACUGUAAAUACCACAUGAAGAUAGGGAUAAAAAUGAAGAGCCAUACUGUGUGUAAAACUGUGAAUUUGUAAAAAAAAAUGUUUAUAUUGUAAAGUUGUUUGUCUUUUAAAAACAUGUUCACAUUUUUGUACAGUCAGACAUGACUCAAAAUAAAAAAUCUAUUUCGUACCUCAUGCUCUUUUUGGUUGUCUGUCACACAAACUCAUACAAUUCUCAGUAAAUUUAGAAAAGAAAACUAUUAUGAAGAAAUCAUGACGAUAAAAUGCUCCCAAACAACAUGCAUCAAGAAAAUAAACCUCCUUUUCAAGUGUCAACUCUACUAUCAGGAGGAGAUUAAACUGCUUUGUUUAACAUUUAAUGUUCAAUAAGAAAAAUACAUCUUCUACAUGAGUGUCUGAGGCGACACAGGCAGUAAAGUUUCUCUCUUAAAAAAGGAAAACCAAAUACUUUCAUGUUCAUCAUUUAACUGACCUAUGAUCACAUGACUUUUCUGAUAUUAACCCUCCUGUUGUGUUCGACCCCUCACCUUACUUAAGUGUUCCCGGUCUAUUUUAACUGCUCUUAAACUAACACAAAAGCCAUUACUCACCACCAAGUCUUUAUUUAACACUCUUUUCAGCUGUAAACAAUGUCUCUGAGUAGUAGUUAACAUGAAUAACUGCAGUGAAAAUACAAACAGUUACUGAAAAUAUAUUAAAAAAUGAACAUGUAACGUAAAACAGAAAUCAAAAACCAGAGACCAAACUCCGUAACAUAUAGUUGUGUGUACUCGUGUGUGUGUGUGUGUGUGUCUGUGUUGGGGUGGUGUGUAUGGGGAUGUUUUAUCAUCAGAUGGAUGAAUAUAAUCUGGAUAUCCAUUCAUCUCCUAUGGCGGUCACUUUUGACCGGGAACACCACAGAUGUAACAAAGUUGAUUAAAACAUUCAAAGUUUAAUGAAAGUAGUCAUUAUCACUUUUAUAUGUUCAAGUGCACAAUGUGGAGGAUAUCAUUAGGUCUUGAGGCAAUCAGAUGUAAAAUACCAAAUUUAUGAGUGUUUUAAGUUGUAAAUCGGUCAGAAUCGACCCGAACGCGACAGGAAGGUUAAGUCUCCCCCCAAAAAAACAGAAAUGAAUGUAAUAAAACAACCAGGCAGCAUUUUAAAGGCAAAACUUUGUUAAUCGGGGUCAGUAAAGGUCUGACUGCUGGUCUGUUCAUUGUCAAAUUAAGUUGACCUUAAAGGUUUGCAUUGUAGCAGCUCUCCUUUUUAUAUAAGGUCAGAAUAAACACUAUGAGUUCAUGCUCACCGCUAUGUGCAUACCAUGAAUUGAUUUAUGGAAUAAAAUACAAACGUCUUCUUGUAACUCAGAGUGAAAAGAGUAAUCCAUGCAAACAGAAAGAGAAAGAAAUGCACACUACAGAGAGGUCACUUGAUAAACUGAAUGUACCCUCAGUGUGAUUGCUCAGGUGGUUCAAAAACCUUGAACAAAGAUGAAAACAUCUGUGAAUCAAUGCGGCGAGACUCUCCUGACUCAACAUGAACACGGUGUGAAGUUUAUUUUUAUGUGUUUUUGAUAACCUUCAAAUCUGGGAGAUAAACAUUCAGCUAGUUUCACUAUUACUUUUAUUGUUUGUUUACAUGUAUAAUUAACGUUUCAUUGCAGCUAAAGGUUAACCACACAGAUUCAGCUUAACAAGCAAAUAUGCUCAUGUGGGUUAAAGUGCACAAGAUGUUACUUGAUGUCACAGAUAAGCAGAUGUAAUCUCCCUGUUAAGGCUGUAAAGGAAUGAAAAAAAUUAAAAACAAAUGUUUCGUUAUUACUAUUAAAUGGGACCUUCCAUCAGACUGAUAACAGUGGGAGGUCACUGAGGUGCACGUCUUUGAACAAGGCUCUUUCAGGUCAUUUCCUAGAUGCUGCACAGACUCUUUUUCCCCCUUUUUAACUUGUAAUUUAAAAUGAAGGGACCAAGAGACUGAAUGAAAACUAAACACAGUGAUUAAGGUUUGCUCUCAAAAUAAAAAUAGUCUAUCAAAGAAAAGAGCUUCCGCUAUUUCAAUCAGUAUUAGUGAAGAACUGAAAAAGAAACUUCUUUGAAUAAGUUCAGCCACAGGUUUAAAAAACAAACCUCUGUAUAUGUAUUUGUAUUAACUAAAAUAUGCUUUUAUGCACUCAUGUUGGGCUGUGGGACAUCCUCGUGUAAACAAUGUUCAAAGUAUGAAUGUAAUUGUCCAGUUUUUGAUCCAUAAUGUUGCAUAAUCCGUGUAUUUGGAUGGUGGUGUGCAUGACGAGCUGCAGAGGCAGAUCCAAGAGUUUGCAAAGGUGGUCUUUGUCACACCAACAAUCCUUGAACGACUGUUUGGGAUUGUGUUGUUACAGGCUCCUAUUAGCUUUCAUUGCAUUGACGCACAUUUUCACUAUUUAUCUAUUUAUUGGGAGUUAAAGGGUAAAAGGGUGUGACCAUUUUUCAAUUACAAAUUAGCUUUGUUGUUGUUUUCUUGUGAGUGUUAAGAAAAGUCAAUGCGUUGAUUAUUCAGUGACUCUCUGUUGUGUCCUGUAAUAGUAGAUCAGGUCACACUUUAUAUGAGCGUCCUCAUAAUAAACACAUAUCAAUAAUAAAUAAGCCACUGAUAAGACCCCAUAAGAUGUUGAUAAAAGCACAAUUAUUAUUGCUCAUAAAACAGUUACAGGCUCUCUGUUUACAGUUAAUAUACCUUUAUAAACAUACAUUUUACAAAUGCCAUCUUCAUGAUCGUCUUUUGUAAAGGAGUAGUAUUUAUUUUUGUUUUUGUUGUCUCUUUCGUUUCAGCCCUCAUGGAGAAAACUGACCAAGCCUGUUGGUCUGGCAUGCUGCUCUACCACACAGGUGAGGAACAUGUUUGAUGUCAAACAGAGAGACACGCGGCACCAUUUUUCUUGUCUUUGCAUAGUUCAGUAAACUGGUCUGACCCGAUGAUGAUGUACUGAACUUUGAAGUCAUUUUUACCUGAAACCAUUUCACAAAUUUUACUCUUACAAGAACUUGUAAAGAUGUUUCUUGCAUCACUUUUGUUUUUAUAAAAUGAGAACUAGCUAUGCAUCUGUUUUAGAUCUGAAAAUGUGUCUUUAAUUGUCUCCCUGACUGUGUGAAGAAGCUUGGAUUGCAGAUUAUUUCCACCCACAGUUAAAAAGAUAAAGCCAAGGUCCUUAUCACCCCCUGUGGACAUGUAUUUCCCAAACGUGAUUUGCAGUCUCGUUUUCAUCUUUAUCUUGGGUUGUAAAAACUGUCAUGUGGAGCCUUAGGUGUGCCUGUUGGCCAGGCCCUGAGUCUGGAUCAGCAUGUUUUAGUUUUCUCCUCCUUCUUUCUUGAAAAAGGUCUUUUGUGUUCAGCUGUGUCAUGCUUUUGUUGAAUCUCAGUCUGACUGUUGCAGUUUUUUUCUGGCCUUGUCUUAAAAACCCGUCUUACAUCUUCUGUGAGUGCUUCAAAAUGCUGCUGCUAACCUGAUCGUCUGGAUGGUCACGUGUUACACCUCUUUUAUCUUCACAGAGACUCCUUUUUAAUUCAAUUUACACCUUUAUACACUGAUGAUUGAGAAUAGACUGUUGAAUGAUUAAGCAUUAGCUUAUGUUUAGGUGAAGCCAUGAAACUCAGGUCAUCUGGUCAGGUAGGGGAGAUCGGGGCUUGUUGUCACUUUUUACACUCUUAUAUAUUUCUUGCAAUCAAUACAUCAUAUAUAAACAAAAUGUGAAUCAAAUGAAAGAUCAAAGUCUCAGGUAUAUAUUUUGUAUUCAUGUCAUUUUUAUAUCUAGUGUCAAUUCAGAGUUAUAAGCAAUCAAGUAGAGAGUGUGAACAUGCGACAUAUGGGGUAAGAUGUCACAGUGGAUUUUGCAGCUAGGCACAGGCACAGACAAUGUUUAUCAUUGAGGUUGAAAAAGUCAUUGUGCAAACGUUAACAUAAAAUAUAUUACGCAACAUGCUUUGAAUUAAAGUCUGUAGUAACUGCUGGAACAUAGGCUAUGGCUCUCAACAUCAAAUGCCUGUUUUACUUUUUGAAACUGAAAAAUCCAGAUUGAAUUGAAAAUGUGGACAUAGUUCCAACAACAACUUGAAGAUCCAUUCAUAAAAACUCAUAAUAUACUCCUCAAGUUGAAGUUCUCACUGUGCGCUAAAAACCUGCCGUGUUGAUUUGUACCCAACAACUGUUGUUGGGACACCUAUCUCCAUGUUUCGGCUGGGGUGAAUGCUUUGCAGUACCGAGCCAAGGUUUGGUAGUUGACAUUAAAGUCCUUUAUUGUCCUCCAGAUUGGUUUAUUAGCUAGGGUCACCUGCCUCCUCUCCUUUAAACCAGUGGUUCUCAAGUCCAGUCCUCGAGGUCCACUGUCCUGCAUGUUUUGGAUGUUUCCCUGCUCCAACACACCUGAUUCAAAUGAUCAGCUCGUUAUCAAGCUCUGCAAUGGCUUAAUAACGAGCUAAUCAUUUGAAUCAGGUGUGUUGGAGCAUGUCAUGAAUCUGAGUUAAACAAAAAAAAAAAAGGGAUUAAUUUACAAAGAAUUAAAUAACAAGCAACAAAAUCUUACUAUAAAACUAUAAAACUAUAAACUAUAAAACUCACAAGACAGGACUACAGGGGAACAGAAACACACUCAAAUAACAAAACCAGGGGCAAACUAAAUACCAGAACAUAUCAUGACAUCUGCUGAUAAGCAAACUCUUUAUGUUAAUUUUAAUCCCUUUUUAUACUUGUUAUUCUGGGGUAAAUUAUCACAUGUGACAAUUUAACCCAGAAUGACUGAGACAUGUCACCCCAAACUACCAUGUCUACUAAUUGUUGCUCUAUCUUAAAGUUACCUCAAAACAGAACAAUGACUGAACAAGGACUUUUAAAAUAUAUCAAGUUAAAUUUUUUUUACUAAGGGUUGUGUGAAAUGGUUAAUUGGUGCUCAUCUCAGCUCACAAUGUGCUCUUCUCUUCUCAGACAGGACACGACCCCUGACCAUGUAAAAGAACAAAACUAGUAUUCCACUUUUUAGUUGCACCCCCAGGUGGAGAAGAUAAUUGCAAUGUGACAACUUACCUAUGUGACAACAAGCCCCGGUCUCCCCUAUUGCAGUCUGUUGAGUCUGUUUGAGGUUGUCACCUCUAAACCUUUUAAAUAUCUCCAACCAUAACUUAAGACUGUGAAUUUUGUUAAGUUUUUAAAAAAGCUGUUUAAGAUCAAUUUAUUCAGAGUUGUCUGUUAAAUCUCUCUGCUCUUAAUAUCUGUUGCAUAUUUACCUUUUAAUGUUUAAUCACGAGACACUUUAUAAAUGUUCCACACUGACUCACUCUCUGACACAUGCACAUCUUGAAGAAGUGCACAUAUCCGGUCAUAAGAGGCAUCAAACAAUAAUUUCCUAUGCUUGAAACUAUUUCCUGUGUAUUCUUGUUGGCAUGUUUGAGGCUCUGGCGACAUCUGUCUGUGAUAAGACGGUAGAACGAAACUAAACUUCAGGUGCAGUUCAUCUUAGAGCCACUGAGGGGCAGUAUAGUUUUAUUUAGUAUACAAGCAUCUGUCACUGAGUAAAGUUUGACAAGGCCUGAAAGUUUUACAAGUUUCACUGUUACUGACAUUUAAGAUACGUUAUUAGACCUGCAAUUAAACAAGAAGUGUCAGUCAAGCAGAGUUAAUUAUUGCAUCUUGAACAUUUAUUUCUGAUUUUAUUCUGAUUUCCUUUAAAGUUUCUUGAAGUGUUAUAACUCUCAUGGUGAUUAUUGUACCUGAAGAUGAUUCCAGAUUUGACCUUUGUCCUCUAAUCUUUCUGCCAACCUGUCAAAUAUUUAUCUUGCGCGGAAGACUUCUUGUACUCGGCUUGUAUGUGCAGGAAUCCAGCAGGCGUCUUCAGACCCAGAAAAUAUCUGCACAGAAGCUUCACGCCGUUCAAUAUGAAGUCUACAAAUCACAGCUGAUCUGACACCGGUGGGUUUAAAGUAAGGAGAGCUGUAGCUGUAAUCCUCUUGGCUGUGCUGCAAGGUUUUCCUCAUACUGGGUGAGUCUGGUACUGGAAGAGAACAUGGAAAUCCUGAAACAUCUGUGUAUGAGUGUGGGAGUUAAAGUGUGUGCAUUUCAUCAACAAAAACUCUAUGUUAAGAUAGAUGGUGCGAACAUAAAGACAAGUGAAUAGAGCCGUCAGGAAACUGUCUUUUGUGCAAGAUUUGAAUAUAGCAGACAUGACAUAAAGAGACACAUGACAGCACAAACACUUGGUUGUUGUAUUAUAGAUGCUUAUGGGAUUAUUCAUUGAGACGUCUAUGGAGAUCGCCUCCUCUUCCUAGCACGUAAAACACUAGAGGGCGGUGCCACCGAGCCCCCGCCUGUACGGGAAUCUCUAUUAUUUCCAGCUGUGGAUGGAAACUAUUACUGAGCUCCUUCUCCCUGAUGAGCUUUCAAGUGCACACACACACACACACACACACACACACACACACACGCAUAACACACGCCUACGGAGCCUCAGUCAAACAUUCAGACCCACGCUGAAUCACUGAGCAGAGAUAAAAGACACCCUGUUGGUCUGAGAAAGAGAAAGAGAGAGAGAGAAAGAGAGAGAGAGAGAGAAGAUCAGCAGAGGAUCCCUCCUUCCCUUUCAUUCACUUCCUCUCUCCCUCUGUACUGAGGACACCUCUCAGCUCUGACUGUAAGUACUGUACAACUUCUGCUACUUCAAAUCGAGGCUUAAUAUCAAGAAGUCAGUAGUUUAAGUUCAGAUAAGAGGUGUUUCUUUUCCAUCUUUAAAUCUUUUCAUUUCCCUCUGCAAUGUUUUUUAUGUUUUUCUUUCAUCAGUCAUCUUAUCUGCAGAAACCACACAGACAAACAUGCAAUGUUUAUCACUGUUUUGUCACUGUUGUGACACGUUUUGUAGUUUCUCCCAGCACAUGUUGAGUAACAGCUGAAAAGGGCGGACUUUGCCGCGGCAGAUGCGGAUCUUUUACUGUCUGUGGUUCAGGGGAUGGUUAUCAUCAGACCUCUGUCCAAGAGCGGCCCCACUUGUUUUGGCUUUUAGUUGUUGUUUUGGUCUGAAGCGACAUAUUUCAUUUGUUUUUUGAGAUGUUUCCUUCAGCAAACUUCUCCACAUGAGCAUCCCCUGAGGUCCCAUGAUGGUUUAGGACUAUGUUGGUUUGUUUGUCUCCGAGUUCUGCAUGUGCAGCUCAGUAAGAAAUGUUGUUUACAGCUGAAAUAAACCAUGAUGCUUUUGUGUUUGUCCUGAGAGAAAUUCCACAAGUGCUGCCUCAGAGCUGAUCUUCUACCAUGGAGCUCAUCUUCUCUGAAAACUCACCUGUCGAGUUGUACCUUUUCAUUUGAUUUAACUUCAUUGUGGCGUAUUUACAGACAAGCUAUCUCUUGUUUCUUAAGGGAAGCCCGGGGCUACAGUGGUUCAAUUAUGUAUUAUAUAACAGCUUCAUGUCAGCAUUGUUCAUCCGCUGAAGUCUUUGGUGAUGAUGCUUUAUGAGCCUCUGUAACGUGCACUAAAAGUUGAUAAUCUUAACCCACAAACGUGUUUUCAUCAGGGUUCCAAUCAAGUUAUUUCUUGAAAUCACUGCAAAGUCUCAUUAGUUAGUUGUGAUUAAUCACAUUGUAACUGCAUGACUGAAUUUCACAUUUUUUAAAUAAAAUAGUGUAAAGUCUGACCAAAAAUGCAUGCAGUAAAAUUCAUGUUUAGAUUAAUUAGUCAGAUAAAUGCUGCGCUGCUUCACCUGUGUGCUCUGAAAACAUGACGAAGAGGUUUAAGAGGUGAGAAACAGAUCCAUAGCACUUAUUUUGUGAAAUAUAGAGUUUAUUAUUUUUUCAAGAAAUGCCUGUAUGAUGUGAUUUUAUUUCUAAAAUACUCACAGAAGUAUUCACACUUUUAGGAGUACCUGUUUGGUUUUAUACCUCUGUACGCAGGACUCUGCAGCUGACAUGCUAAUCAGACUUCAGCCUUUCACAGUUUUGACUGAUCUGCAGUCACUUUCUUCUCUCUUAUUUAUUUCAAGUAGUCUUUGUUGAUGUCAAACUCCUAAUGAGUGCUCUAUCAGCCUGAUCAGCUGCACCUGUAUGCUUCGCUCAUGGGUGGUAGCUCAAACUUCAAGUAUGAUAAUAUUUUAGAGAUAAGACAUCACGUAAACUAAAAAUAACUUUUUUUUCUGUUUGAGAUUCUGACAUUUACCACAACUGACCUGCAGUUAUUAUUUGGGGCUUUUUGCUUCUCUAUUUAUACCAACUUUAGUAACGACCACACGAUAGCAAUACACAGCGGUCUGAGGAGCCAUAAACAAACCUCAACCAAAAAGCCACUCUAUAUCCACAAAUAAUGCUCAGAACAGCACCUAACUUCAUCAGCAGUACAUAUAGGGUCCUAGCCACAGCACUAGCCACCAAACAUCACGAAACACAACGCACCUACUCUCUUCCAGCAGCCGCUUGUUUGUAGCGAGGCCUCAGGCCAGUCUAUUACAGAUUGCUGUGGGGUUACGCAGCUCAAGGAAGAACAUUUAUGAUCAUUUCUUCAUGGAAAUCAAACUGAGAUGCUAAGCAGUGCAAAAUGAUUAUAAUGGUGAUUAUUACUUCAAGGAAAUGAUCAAGAAAUGAUCAUAAAUGUUCUUGGUGUUGCGGUGUGUUUAACCCUAAAUUAAUUUUAUCCCUUUAAUUUUUCAUUGUGGAUAGGAUGACUGCCAUAACAAGUAUCUGAAAAUGCUCAUUUUGACUAAGAAGAACCCUUUGAUGCAUGUUAUAAACACCAUAGGAAGGGGGCUGUCCGGUUUGUCUAUGUAACCUGUCAAAACAGCCUGCCAUAGUGUUUGGCCUUAACAACACAGUCUAUCCGUGAGGUAGUGAUGUCAAAAACAUCCGUCUUCCUUGCUCUGACAAUGUUUCUGUUGGAGCUGCCACUUAUGCAGCCUUGUGUUUGUUUUAGCAGAGAUACUGACACAAGCUGAACAAGGAUCUACUGUGUAAAGAGGUGUCACGUCCCGGGCCAAAACCUCCAAUCGCCUCUUGCGUGAUUACCUCAUUACACUGCAGAGUGACAGGGUGUCAGAUGAGCUCACAGCGGGGUGAAAGUCUGCUCUGGCAGGACACAGAUAAUGAAGAGAGAGCCUCUCCGCCCGCAGCUCUGCUCUGAUCUGCUCUGCUUCGCUUCGCUCCUCGAGGUUCAGCGGCUCAACUGUUUGGCAAAAACAGGCUUGCUAGGAGAGCUGGGCUCAGUAAAUGGAUAUCUGAACUGAGCUGCGCUGUGCCAAGCCAGACCACUGAAUUAUUAAGAAAGAGCUGAGUCCUUGGAUUUCAGGUUGGAAGAAAGACGCAGACACACACACACACACACACACACACACACACACACACACACACACACACACACACACACACUAGACCCUGCUUGGUGGUUUUCUUUGCCCUGUGAAAGUUUAUUGCCUCAGCCCAAAGUGCAUUUCAGUUAAACAGGUGACUGCUUCUGUUGGCAGGUGACACCGUGUACUUCUCCCCUGUAUUGUGGACCUUGUCUUCGGGUCUCUUCAUAUUUUUUUCGUCUGUCUGUCCAACCAUUUUUCAUCCAAGAGGCCUAACAUGCAACCACACUUGAUUUAUACUGCUGAAAUUACAUAAAUGUUUUAGAUAUUCUACUCAAAUCAAAUUAAAUGUAAAAUAAAACAACUUGACGUCUUAUUCAGGAUGGUUCAUGAGGCCAAAUACUACAGUUUUACUGAAAUGCAAAGUGUAAGUCUGUAGAUCUUUUGUUCAGAUGCUCAUUAAAGCAAAGAAAGCUGCUUUCUGCUCACCUGGUUUAGACUCAAACAAGCCGGAACUAGCAUCUCAACAUGUUAGAUUUCACUUCCUGAACUGUUUUAUCUUCUUUGGCAAAGACUGCGGACAAACCGGAAAUCCUGGUUUGUUUUCGUUAGAAUUUAAUGAAAAAUGAGACACCUUUUUGGAGAUUGUGCUAAAUUCCUCUUUAGAUUCUCAUUUCUGAGAUUAGAAGAACCAUCCUGCUUCAAUUUGAAUACUGCUGGAGUUAUCAGAGUGCUUACAGCAUCUCCUGAUUUGAAUAGUUUGAACAUAUUCCCGUCUCCCUUUCCUCCAACCUUGACGUGCAACAGUACUGCUAGUUUACAUCUGUGUUUGUCUUUGCAUACUUGUGAGUACCAGCUCUUUCUGGUUGACCUGUCUUGUGAGGACAUCUUUCUUAUGGUGACAUUUUGUCCCCACAAAGAAAAAACUGAAAUUACAUUUUAACUCUACCCUCCUCUGGUGCUAGAUUCAUUUCUUGCAAAAUUCAAGCUGAAAUGUUAGCCUCCAUAAAAACACAACUCACCAUCUCUCUUCCAGCAGCCGCUUGUUUGUACGGAGACCUUCGGGCGAGUCCAUCGUCUACAGCGGGGGGGCCGCAGCUCAAGGAAGAACAUUUAUGAUUAUUACUUCACGGAAAUGCAAUCAGACUGAGAUGCUAAAGCAGAAGAACUACCGGGUCUGCGGUGCAAAAUGAUUAAUUUGGUGAUUAUCACCAGUAAAUGUUCUUCGUUGAGCUGUGUCACCCCGCUGCAGUCAGUGAAAUCCCUGGAGGUCUCCGUACAAACAAGCAGCUGCUGGAAGAGAGUAGGUGAGUUGUGUUUAGUCUCUUUGCAAAAGAAAUCAGGCAAAGUUAAAAAGAUGUUUGGUGGCUGGGACCCUUUAUGUACUGUUGAUGAAGUUAGGUGCUGUUCUGAGCAUAUUUGUGGCUAUAGAGUGGCUUUUUGGUUGAGUUUGACCCUAACUUAAUUUUACGCCGGAAUACCCCUUUAAGAGUUUGAAUGUGUGUGUAUGUGAAAGAGAGAAACCCUGUCAGAUGUGGACUAAACAGAGCAGAGUAAUGACUCUGAAAUACUUCCAGAGCUACUGGAACAGAAACAGCUCCCUUUCCCUCUUCAUGCCUUUGGCGAGCCAGAGACCUGGCCUUUGCUCUCACACACAAACACGCACAUCUAAACACACACACACACACAAAAGCAGAGGGGAGGCAUGGGUGAGAUGAAGUUAAGGAGAGUUUAGAGGAGGGGGUGACUGUGCCGAGUGACUGGGAGGUGGAGGUGAUGAACUAUUUGUGGUUAACCCUGCACUGUGAAAUAUCACCUUAUCACAACAAUGGGUCCGGCGAGCCAAGAGCAGGGUGCCUUUUGGAACAGGGGGCUGAAUGAAGUGGGGUUGCUAUGGCAAUGCUUGUCAACCGGGAAGUCCUCCUCAGCAAGAGGCUGGGCAAAGAGAGAAAGAGAGAGAGAGUCCUGGCUCGUAUUAGAGUGAGAGAGAUCAGGGAGUGUGUGCAGAGUUGUUGACGUGCAGGCAGACACAGCAGAGGUGUGAGUUCACUUGUGGGUGCUACUUUUUUAAGGUGAGUACACUCUCUUUUUUUCCCAUGGGAGCACAAAAUUAAAACACAGGGUGUGAUCUUUUACGUGGAAGAACGUAAAUCUGUUAGGCUGUUUUUCUUUUAAGGGUUGGGUAACCUGUCUGACAGCUCAGGUCUCCUCAGGAUUAGAGUUGCAGAAUUACCCAAGAGCAGCGCCUUAAAAGAGGGAUGCGUUUGCGGAUCGCCUGUUAACAAGUCAGCCAAUGUGGUGCGUAGUUUGGACACCUGUGGGAGUAAAAUGACUGAGCUUUUUUGGGGCAAGAGAGAGGCAGAGAGAGAGAGAGAGAGAGAGAGAGAGAAGGAGGGCACAGUGGGCAGUGUUUCCCAACAUGUCAUGCCUCAUUGCUCUGCCCGGUGUGUUCACUGACACUCCAGAGAGUCAGAGGAAAUCAUUUCUACUACCAGACCGUCCCGUUUCAGCUCCCAAAAGCCGUAACAGUCUGAAGUCAGAUCGGUCGCAGUCAUCACUGGUGGCUCCCCUUACUGUCAGGGUGAUUUCCACAGCCGGCUCUGAUUCCCUUUGUGAUAUGACUGAGGGUCCCGGCUGCCAGGCCUCAUAUCCACAGGCUGCUCUCAGCUUUGAAGAUGCAGAGUGACAGGCGUGGGGAUCUGGGAGAUUUCUCUGCAGUUAGUGUGAGUGUUUUCUCAUGCUUUAUGUGACAUUUCGGAUCAUAGUUUUCCCUUUAAAAGUCGGCUUAAGUAAAGAGGCAUCUAGAGGGAUAUGUGUUUCAUCAUGUAGGAGCAAAUCUGAUAAAACGUCUUGGCCAGAGAGAAAGAGAGAGGGGGUCUUUGAUUUAUCGCCCUGCAGAUUCUCCUGGGAACACAUCGCCUCCCCAUUGACAAGAAGCACUCAGGCCAGAGGAGCACCAUACAAGGAGGUGAAAUACUUCCCUCCUGAUAAAUGUGUGUAUCCCCCAAUAACCGCAUAUCAUAAACUCACGGCUGCAGGUCCUUGUAUGGGCUGUGUCUGCACAUCUGCUUGGAUGCGGAAGGCCACAUAGCUGCAGAGUGACUCAUUUUCGUUUGUUUAUAAAAAAAAUGCCUGCUUUAUUUAUUCAUCAAAUGUGCUUGUAAUUACACCCUCACCACUUUUUUGUGGCAGUGUUUCUUUUGCUUUUAUGACCCCGUUAUGUAACUUGUUGGUCAGCAGUUACACGGUGUACGUGCGAAUGAAUGAUAAGACCUGACCUCCUGUCUGUCAAGCUCUUUUUUAGUACCAGGGAACAGUUGAAAAGUAAUGUGAUGUUGGAUUCGAUCAAAACUUAGGGAUUGGAUGUUUUAAAGGGAAGAUAUCAGAUUUGUUUUUGUUUUCUUCAAGAUUUUGAGAGUGAAUUCAGGCUGGACUGUCGGUACAAAAAAUGAUAAAAAGUAAAAAUUAAAUGAAAGAUUUCCAUGAUGAUGUUGAUAUUUCAGACACGACCUUACGACCUUUUGUUUUCUAUUUUUAGUGCCCCCUGUGGACAAAGUAAGCAGUGCGUUAUCUCAUUUGGAGCACUGGUGAACCAGAUUUGGUAAUCCCUAAAGUGUAUAUUUGGAUGAGGUUGAUCUUAUUCGGUUUUCCUGGAACAAAAGCUAGCCAAAUUUUCUGAUCCUUAAAAGCAAAAAAUGGACUCUUACGUGUGGUUAAUUUUUCGUUUAUUACGUUAUUGAGCGAGAGGACCUCAAUGCUUUUUUAUAUCUGUAUAAGCUUGUUAAGAAGUGCACAGUAAUGGGGCGCCAUUUCAGCGCAUUGAGUGGAGCAGGCGUCCCGAAAUUAUUUUUUUUUUGGAGCUGAAAUGUUUAUUUCACUCACUACUGAAAACCAAAAAAAUCAAAAUGUCCUUAAAAUUUAACAAAUAUAUAUCUUUAUCUCGUUUUAUACAUUAGAUGUUUUUGGAAACUGAUAAACCACAAGAGGACAUUUUUAUCAUUUGUCUGACUGUAUUCAGCUGUUUUUUUUUAGUAAUUUGUUGAUCAUAUUGAUUUGCAGACACAUCGCAGAUAUGUGCGCACUACUUGAGGCAGAAAGCAGGACAUUUCUUAUUCUUUUACAAGCUGAGUCAAUGGAGAAAGAAAAUGACAAGCAGCUGUUGUGUAAACUCUGUAAACUGCACAAAUCGGCAAAACAAACUAUCGGCAAACAUUACGACCCUGCUCCCGAUAUUAGAAACAUCUAAAACAACGUCAGUGAACUGAGUGAAAUUCAUGGAUAUUUCAGCAAGUGUUUCUCUGAUUUUGAUGCAACGAAAGACAAACCGGUUUUUCAAUUAAAUAACAGUUUAAUCGCAAUUGUGUCAGGAAGAACUUGCAAACGAUUCUCACUCCGAAGCAGGCUUUUGCCCCAUGGUUGCGCCCGCACCUGGUAUUGUUUGUACACAAGAAACCUGUCUAUAUGAUACAAAGGGCAUUAAAGGGUUAGGAUUCUUCCUUUCCUGUCGGGUUGUUCAAUCAAACCCAAUAAUAAUCAAAAAUAAGAAUUGCAAAAUAUCAAGGUUUGAGGACAAUGUGUAGGUCAGAGGUAAACUACAACUCUAUCCCCACCUUGAGCCAAUAUUGAGCUUUUUAAGAGUCUCCCUGUCAUGCAUGUGAGCAGGACUUAGAUUCAUACACAGGACAGUCAUAUGUAGAAGUUCCCACCUUCAGGAGUCAAUGAUUAACUCUCCGCUCCACACAGGAGCAGAGAACAACCCUUGUGCUAAUGAAUGAGGAUCCAUUCACCAGUGACACUUUUAUUUGUUUUAUUUAAACCCCAGGACCUUAAGUCAUUGUCCCCGCUCAUCACUGACACAUCCUCCACCUUCACUUGUUGUACGGAUGAUCUUACAGACAAUGUGACCACAAAUCAUUACUCUCCUGAUGGCGCGUUCACACAGAAGUUCAUGGGUCAACGCUGGGACAGUUAUUCAUGAGGGUGUAUGCGUGGUCACCUUGACAGCCUUGUAUUAAGGAGAACAAUGCAGGAAACUCUACAUGAGGUGAAGACUGAGGUCAUCAGAGGUUGGGAGCUCCUCCGAAAGACCCGGUUGAAUCUUUUUAUGGAAGAAAUUGAAAGUUAAAGGCAGGAAAUACGAAGAAUAAUGAAUAGUGAGCAAUAUUGACCUCAUAGGAAAUUCACUUACGGGGCUGGCCUUGUUCAAGUAAGAACUGCAAUAUGAGUGUUUUCAUUUUUUCUGCAGUAUUGUUUUACUGCAGGGCUUUGAUCCCCAGCUGCGAAAACCACCCAUAGUGUUUCACAUGAAUCACAGGGGUGUGGUGAGUUCACUGACCUUGUAUCUGCUGAGUAGGUCUGCUCUGCCUCAGCAACUUCAGAUAAAAGUCUGACUCCUCAUCCGCUUCUUAUGUGUGGAAAAAAAAGAGGAACUAUACCCUCACUAUAUUCACUGUUAAAUGCUGGACUUCUGUUUCCAGUGUCAGUUUACAGAGUUUAAUAACAUCUGGCCUGAUGCGUCCAGAGACCGGAUAAGUUUCCUGGGGGCAGAGGAAGAGAUUUCCAUUCUGAAAUCCCCAGGCCCUCAUUUCAGAUGUCCUCAUUUAGCCCGCAACCAAACAAAUAUAAAACAUACGUCAUGCGCUUCGACUGAUACUCUGCAAUUUCCUUAAACUUGAAUCUUGAAAUACUUAUAAUUUGAAAGUCUAAAACAGGACAUGAUGUCAUCCUCAGCUGCAUAUGAACCUUUUACAGGCUUUGUUUUUCCUCAUCCUGUGGAGAUAAUGAACCUCUCACCUAGCAGGGGUUUAGCUUGUAAAUAUGCGGGCUAUUAAGUUCAUACAUUUUCAGACAGACAGCAUCAAGGCACUUGCACACCACCAGUCUCCAUGUGGAAGCUUAUGUCUGCUUCUCUGUUGGGGCUCAGUAAUUUUAUAAGAAUGUACCAAGAGAAAGCCAACGGCGAGCCAGACUUCUGCUCUGGGAUUUUCUUCAACAGAUAUCCACGCUCAUUCUCUCCUUUUUAGGAAGGAUUGUGUUUGCUGGUCUCGAAGGGGGAAUGUAGAAGUAUGUCUCGGUUGUGUUGGACUCCCCUAAGAGAAAUGAGACACACAGACUCUGUUAUGACCUGAGCUUACUCAUCAGGAUACCGAAUGGAUGAGCGUUUUCAGUACUUUUGAGUAAAUGUGGUUUGAGCAAAAAGAAAUCCAUAAUUUUAAUGAUAUGAAGAUAUAAAGGAAUUUUAUUGGUUUAUUUACUUUGGAGCAAAUAUUCAGUCCAACAGCGGGAAAUGACCAGAAAAAGGCACAACAUCAAAUAUAGCAUAGCCACCUGCUUCAAGCUUGGGCCCUGACUGCCAUAAUGUUAUAAUCUCCACUACCUGGAUGCAAACAGUCACCAAUGGUAGAUGGUAUCUUGUAGCAUGGUGCUGUUAUACUAUGUUCAAAUUACCUUGAAGUCAGAUGUCGGAGCUGAAAAUGACGUUGCACCUGAGAUACCAGCGAAGUCGGAAAAAAGCAAAAUCAGAGGCGGAAACUAGAGCCUCCAAUUUUGCUUUUUUUUCCGACUUGGUAACUGAAAAGCUGGUAACUCGGGUGUGACGUCAUUUUGAGCUCCGACAUCUGACUUCCGAGGUAACUCGAACAUAAGACAGUAUUUUGAUCUAGAACAUGGAGACAUGGGUGUAUGGAGGUUGGACACUGCACCUCUAUGCUCCGCCCACUGUGAGAUGUUUCGCCAAAGUACAGCCUCGAUGGGCACUGACAUAUUGAACUGAGCAGACGAAGUCUGGCCAGUGUAGUCAAGAAACUAACUUCACGUCUCCUUGGGCUGACAACAAAACACAUGCUGUAACAAAAUACAAAAAAAUACAUCAACCAAUAGAAAAACAAAAACUGUAAACUCACAUAUAAAACGAUAAAGAUCCUCCAGGUUUGUGCAGUCUACAGCAUAACUUUACAAAGUUCAAUAAUUAUUGUGUUCAUGUCUGUUCGAUCUUCUCCCUCUCAGUCCCUCCGCUCUAAGCCCCAGGUAACAGUGCUCAAUUUUAACAUUUUUAUAACUUUUUCUGACAUAAAAACUUCUUACUCAGUCAGAAUCUAAACUUACAUUUAAUUUUCUGGACAAUAACCAACUUCAAAAAAUUUCUAAAUGCUACCACUUAUAAAAAACACCCCAAGUUAGAGCUUGUUUUCAAGGUAUAUGAAAAGAUAAGAUGCUAUUAUCUAUUUGAGGUAACCAGCUCAUGUUAGCAGCUGUUAGCGACUGUUACAACAUGUACCCUAAUAGAGAUUAAAGCCAAUCUUUAAAUGCCUGAUAGUAGAAAACACUAAAGUGGACUGUCUGAAACAGCUGAUUCCUAAAAGACGACGUUAUCUUAAUGUUGUAUCCAGCCGGUAUGAACAUUUGGUUAAUUAAAAUGUCUUCAUGAGAGUAAUGGGACCUUUGAGGUGAGCGGGAGCCUGCUGAGAGGAGAUCUGGUGUGAAUAAAACCCAGCAUGUCGAACACGUAGUAAAAAGGGAUUACUUUAAGCUGUUAUUUGGAAGUGUAUCUUGUUUGCAGUGUUUCCUCUUGUCAGACGGAUAAUGAACUGGCCGUGAUAGGUCAUCUGUCAUGCCUGAGCUGUGAUGGUAUUGUUGCAGACACAAUCCCAUAUUUUCCCUCUUAUGUAAUGCAGUUUAUUGGAGGACGGUGACUCAGAUGGAGCAUCAUCCUCGUCUGGAAGCAGAAACACUGAUUCUCUCACUGCUUUCUGCUAACCUAGAGCACAGGGACACAGAGUUAGUUCAGUUUUCUUGCUCCUGACCACAACGAUCACAGACUUGAAUGUUUCGCUGCAAAUGCCACAUGGAAAACCCAUCAGUAAAACUGCGUAGGAUUGGUCCUCGUCAGAGAGUUUUCUACUUUCUGGCCAAGUCGCAGGGCGGUAGUUUGCACCAAAACAGAAAAUGUAACUCAAUCCUAAAUUUCCCCUGUUGUUUAUGCAGGCUAAGAUAAAUAUGUUUUGACCCCAACCCAGUACUUUUCAUUCAGAGUCAGAGUCUUUGUGUUCCAGGGAUGCAGGACUCUACAGCAGCUGCGGUUUCCAUGCUAACACAGUCAUUAUGAGGCAUUUAGCCACCGUAAAUGAGAGCUGCCUGCCUCAUACAGGAGCGGAAACAGCCUCCCUCCUCUUCCUCCGCAUGGCUUUGAUGUCAAACAGCAGGCCUAAUCUGUUUUUCUGAGGCGCAAUUGAUUAGAGGCCGGACUUCACUUUCAGUAGCAGACCCUCUCCAUCAUCCAGACCCUUUAAGUCUGGAUCGUUACUAAUUGUGUCACUGGAAGCAGCGAACUGGUUAUAUGUGAGUCAGAGUCAUUGUUUUGGGUGGGUUUUUUCCUUAUUGGAAACAGGGAAAAAGUGGGUGAUACUGACCUUCCCUCUUUUAAUGGGAUGGGAUCAUGGAACAGCGUGGAUGUGAAGAUGGAUUUAUGACGGAAGGACUUUGAGGGACCCCACACAACUCAGACUGAGAGUUUGAGAGCUAAAAUUUUGUUGUUUAUGGAUUAUUUUUCACAGACAUUUAUAAAUUAUUGACAUUGAAGAAGAUAGAUUUUUGUGCGUCUCUCUGACCCUGGACAUUGUUUUAUUUUGUCAUUUAAUUUGUUUUUUGAGAAAUACCCUUAUUGCUCUGUAUUACUUGGAUCAGUUUUUUUUUCUUCAGACUGUUCGUCAGUGCUCCACAUCCUGGUUUAGAGCUCUAUUUUAAGGCCUUGUUGGAAAAAGGUGAUGUAAUUUUUUCAGUCCUUUUUUUUUGGUUCCACUUGUGGGAUUGUUACUCGCGCAGAGCCAAAAGUUUUUUCAGCAUUUGAAUCACCGUGCUGUUUUCAAUUCUAGCCACAACUUUUGCUUUCGUAGGGAAUGUUAAAGGUUUUUACAAGUUUUUAUAAAGGAUGAGGGAACAAGUGUACUUUCUUUAAAAACAUUUUUAUGUGUCUUUACAGAUUCUUUUGAUGCUAUAUCUGUGACACCCGGACCAGAAGAGAUCACAUGCAGUCUCAGGUAACGUCCUUUAUUAUCAUUAUUAUCAUACUAUAGGAGUUUUCACAGAUGGUGGUAAAGUCAAUACAAACUCCAAAGUUCCUCACAGCAGCUUUAAAGGUGGGGUAGGCAGGAUCUGAUGAAGUGAUAGUUUUGGGGAGAAAUCUUGAAUGUAAACUCUACCCCUCCCAACCAGUUUUCCCCUCAGCUCCUCCUCCCCCCUCCAUCUCUGCUCCAGCAAGCCCCGCCCACAAACAGCCGCUCCUGCUCGCUCGUAUCACCAAUGGGGCCCAGUCAACGUGAAACGUGAAAGUGUGGUGCUACUGUAGAUGUCAACAGACUACCAGCAAACACAAUGUUUGCAUAAAGUGACAUAGUCCAGGACCCGAGGUAAACAGUUUAGCGGCGCUACAACAUGCAGCAGGUCCCAUUUGACAAGAAACACUUCUGUUACACUUGGCUUACUUUGUUAAAGUGGUUUACCUGUCCAGCAGAUCCCGAAAGCAUCUCCCAUCAACCUGGUUUCCUAGCUCUUGUCUGGUCUACCUCCGUUUUAAGCGCCCGUUAUUCUGUCAGAGUCUCCGGUAUUUACUUUGUUUUCUUGCUUGUGUUGGCAGUCGUGGCCAAAGGAGGAUUCAGACAAUUUUCCGUACUUUCUGGUUGGUUUCUACUGUCCGAUAUUGUAGCACGCUAACUUUGUUUGGGCUCAUAAAGGUUAUUCGAGGACGCGGAGCAGCGUCUGCCUCACAACCAAUCAGGUUAGGGGAGGCGGGGAAUGGCUUUGUUUACAUUUAGAAAGAGCGGGCCGCUCAAAAAAUGUAAAAUGUUGACUACACAGACACAAAAAACACAGCGAUAUCAUUAUAUUACCAAAUAUCAUCAAUAACUAAUAGAUAUUGACUGAUAUUAAAAGCUUUUUUGUGAAUACACCACUAAAAAAGAUGCUUCUUUAAGGGAUCCCUGCCUACCUCACCUUUAAGUAUGGGUGUUUUUAUUUUUUUACUAAAUGCAGUUUUCUUAGAAGAGCAUAUUUUUAUUCUUGAAAAUGCAGAAAAAACCCCAUGAAUGUGACACAGGUCAACCCAGUCCAGGGUCAAAGUUAAAGCACUGCUAUCAUAACAUUUUUAUCAUCCCCACUUAGCACAGGGUCUUUCCCAUGACCCCUGGCUUCCAUGUUGAGGGGGCCGAAGCACCUGAUUCAGACACACACACACACACACACACACACACACACACACACACACACACACACACACACACACACACGCACACACACACACGAGCUGGACUCAAAAUCCUGGGUGGAGGGAGUGAAAAAGAUCACCAUGGAGACCACAACUGCUAACCCUGCUGGACUUUGAGGUCGACAUCUUUGGCCCCCUUCCCCAACUCUGUGCCCUUGGCUCCGCCCCCCUGGCUGCAGGACAGGGAGGCCGGCUGAAUGGGGAGUUAAUGGGCUCAUAAUGGUCCUCUCCUGUUUCAGAGCCCCCACCCUGCACCUUCAAUGAAGCCUUUCUGCAGUUGUGGCAAGAGAGAUGAUGAAGUGGGAGGAAAAUCACAUCCCACUGCUCCUGCUUUAAAUAAAUUAGGGGCCUUUUCUUCAGAGAGACCCCCUCCCUCCCCACAGAGGCCAGUUAUUCUCUGGAGAGUAGCGGGGCAGCUAACAAGUUCACAUGACCUCCCCCUAGAGAGCGAUGUUUACGCAGGCUGACGGAAGGACAUGACAGGAGCAAAGUGCACACAUUGUUUUUGUUCACCCAUAUUUUCUCAUUUCCUCUGUGUUUAGCACCACACGGACAUGGUCGGGGAUCAAAAUGGCUCUGCGAUUGUCUUCUCCGGGGAGCCUGAAGUUCCCUCCAAUCAGCAGCAGAUCCUGACGUCUCCAGAGCUGACCCAUGAAGUGGUCAUCUCACCUGGACUCCCCACACCUCCUCUCAGCCCUUAUCGCUCAGCAGGGCUGCCAUACGCAGAGAUGAAGGUAUGCACAGGCUGGGUUUAGAGGAAGAAUUCAGUAAACGAGUGCUCCUCCCUGUGGACAGAUGAGGCAUCACAUGCUUUGACUUCAGCUUUAAACUGUCAAUAUUGGGGUUAUCUAGAAGAUAAUAGUUAUUGCUGGUUUUGCUGAUAAAAAACUUUACUUUUCUCAAGGUGACUGAAGUGAAUGGAAGUGGACCAACAACUCUGAGCUUUGGAUCUUACUAUGGCCCAUCACAGUCUGCAGGUAAGUUUGUAGAUGUUUUAUAUAUGAAACAAGAACAGAGUAGGUGCAAGCAUUCAAUAAAUAAAUAAAUCCAAUCCAAUCCGCUUUAUUUAUAUAGCACAUGUUAAAAAACAUUCAAGUUUACCAAAGUGCUGCACAAGAACAGACACUGCAGAAAACGUCAAGAGGAAAUUAAAUAAAAGCAGGUAAAAAAAACAAGCAUUUAAAAUGAAAUAAAAGUGAUAAAAGGACCAUAAAAAACAUAAAAGGACAGAGAUCACACAACUCUCAUGCUGAGCUAAAAGCCAAGGAAUAAAAAUGAGUUUUGAGACGGGAUUUAAAAAUAAAAACAAAAGUGCAAUUUUGAAAUCAGAACCAAAUGUGGUUGGAAAUUUGGUUGAAGUUCAAGCAUUCAAAGGAGACAAAUGUCAGUUAAAUGUUAGUUUAGUUGAAGUGUAAGUGAGUAUCAGGGAUGAGCCAUAGAAACUAAAAUUCUGACUAGCUGCCCAGUCUGAAGUUUAGAAAAAACUCCAAAAACAGUCAUAAUUAAGCCUCAUUUAUUCAACAUAAUCUGCAUCUGUCUGUAAAAUAUCUAAAAUAGUCAUCCAUGCGUGGCUAAUGUGAGCAGACUACACACUACCUGUCUUGGAUUCAUAUGAUAGGGUAGAUGUCUUCAGUAAUUGUGCGCCUGAAAUCACAGUUAAAUUGUGUUUUAUUAAGGUGGCAGACUGUCCAAUGGAGUCCAAAGUGCUUCCACAUUACCCCGUAGCUGGACCCCCAGCAGAGAGGAGAGACUCAUCAAAUUCUCCGGUAUCGGUCCUGUGGAUGAAACCGGGAUGCCCAUUGCCUCCAGAUCAGUAAGACGAUGAUAUUCAAACACUAAUGCUGAAUCUGAUUGAUUUAUUUUUAAUUAAUCUCCUCAAAAAGCUUCUUUUAUGUUGAGAGGAGUUUACUGUUUUAUGUUUUUGCUUCACUAAGUGGGCUGUUUUUCUUUGGGAUUUAUCUUCUGCACCCUGCUCUCUUUUCUUUCACCAGAGUGUGAACAAGCCCAGAGACUGGUACAAGAGCAUGUUCAGACAGAUUCACAAGAGGCCAGAGGGUAAGCUCACUCCUCCUCCUCCUCCUCCUCCUCCUCCUCCUCCUCUUCUUCUUCUUUACAAACACAGCAGCGAGAUUCCUCUACCCGAGUCAGGUACAUCAGAGGUGAUCCAGCAAACAGUGAUUGCAGAGGCAAAAUAAGACAUGAUGAAAGAGCUGUAAAGUCUUAUGUCAUGUCUACUUACGAGCUCUGACAAUAAUCCACCGUCUUAUCUCAGCCCCUCAGUCCUAAAUGGAGCUCCUUAUUCGUCUCCAUCACGUGUUGCGUAAUAGAGGGACAUUCCCUGUUGUUUGUGUUGUUAAUGACACAUCCAAAGACAGCAGGUUUUACGGGAUUGUUUGGGAUCAGUUUUUUUUUUAGUUGAAUUCUUGCAAUUCUUCAGGAAUGAUGUGUCCUCUCAGGAACAUUAUCGCUAUAAUGUGAGCCGUGGAGGUGCUGCUGAAACACUUUGGUGAGACGUGAAGGGAUGUUAGUGUCAUUUAAAAUCAGAAUUACUAAAUCAUUUUAAUAGUUCAUUAUUUGACGUAUUGAUUUAUGAAAGUAUUGCAGUAUAGAGGAGUUUUCACAGGUUAUAGAUAAAAAGUAAAUGAUAAUGAUAAUGCUCCUUUAUGACCAACAAAAUAGUGAUGGGCACAGCAGUUCUUUUAGAUGUACUGAAAUACUUGAAUCAGUUCACUAAAAAGAGUCAUUCAAAAGAUUUGUUCAUCGAAUCAUCGAAUCACUGAAUCAUUCAGUGCUUGGCGGGAGGAGCCAAACAGGUUUGUAAAAAUGAAGUCAUGAUGUUUAAAGUGUACUGUCCUAUGGUAUGCUAUUUAUCAGGUCUGCUCAGUAAAUUGGGCUCAGUGAGUGAUUCGUUCACUGAAAGUUUAGAAAAAUUCACACUGAACAUGAACCGUUCCCUCGCAAACAGCUGCAAGUAUAGGAUGCUGCGGGUUCUAUGCACAACUUGUUACAUGCUGUGUCCUAUUGUAUGCAAGUUGUUGUGGUGGCAAUUUAGCAGUAAAAAAUUAAAAAAGUUAGUUUUGUCCUACAAAAAUGAUUCCAGAGAGUGUAGUUCAAUGCGUGAUUCGUUUACCAAGUGAUUCAGGCGUUGCUGCACACAGUCCCUUAUUCAACGGCUGCUUGCUUGGCAAUGCUACGUGCUAUAGCAUCUGCCCUGCUGACAGCUCAACUGAAUUGAGAAACGAACGAAUCACUUAAGGAACUGAUUCGGUUCAGUACUUUCACUUAAAAGAUUCGGUUCUUUUGAACGAAUCGUUCACGAACGACACAACACUACAACAAAACCAAACCAGGUUCGCACUUUUAAACACUUUCAGCACCGCCAGGAUAUCAUAACGAAGAUUUUCGGUCUUUUACUGCUGCAAAGAUUGAAAGUGAGCAAUAUUUGACCAUUAAAAGAUAGCACGAUGCAUUUUUUUACAUGUGUAGGACAAGAUCAACAAAACAUGCUUUUUCACAUGGAAAACCAGAUCCAAAAAAAUAAAGUUUAUCAGAGUCGCUUUGAAAAAGGAUGAAAUGUUCCUUUUUGAUUUUAUCUGUAGGAUGUGUUGCAUCAUUUAUUGUAUUUGCCUUAUUUUAAAAAGUGCAGCAGUCUAAAAGUUUCUCUGUUGUUCUCAUUCGCCAGAACUAGAGGAGGAUUCAGAGCACUGGUCCGCUGAACGUGAGUAAACCUACCAAAUCCCCACAUUAUUCUUUUGUCCAGUUACAUAACCAGUUUGUACUCGAGACUGAUUUGAACUGAUUUACAGGACUCAAGUUUUCUGCCAACACAGAAGAAAAUAAUGACGCAGACAACAAUCUCUUCAGACUAACACCCCAUGGAGCUCUUCCAGACUGGUGAGUCUGGGUAACCGUUUCAGGGUCAGCGGGGUUUUUGCUAUCAGGCACAUACAGGCAGAUUUACAAUCACUCAUGUUCACACCUCUGGGCAAUUUAAUAAAGUCUUGAAUCAACAUGAGCCGCAUUUUUUUCUACUUUGGUAAGGAGAUUAGACCCACAGGCAUUUAUCAAACACACACAGAGUAAAGAGGGAGAGUGGGAUACACACUUUUGGUUUUAUUGUAGAAAAAUAGGUAAGAAAGUUGAUGGAGUAAAACAAUACAAAGCUUUGUACAAUAGUUUAGUACAAAGUUUUGAUUCAGUUUGUGUUAGACUUGUUUUUUUCCACCUCUCUUUAAUAAACUAAAAGAGAGUUUUGUUGAUUUUUUAAUCUUACAAUCUGUCAGAAAACAAUUAAACAUAUUCCCCAAAUUUGUAUGAUAUCUAAGGGAAUUUCUGAUUAGGUCUCUGUUUUAAUUUUUGGACAAAGCUAUUUUUCCUCUGUUUUAUAUUCGCACUAAACCAAGCCAGCCAUCCUCUGGUCUGAUUUAUAUUUGAUAAACAAAAUUCACUUUGGUUUGUAGAAAUAUUUACAUAGCAGUAUAGUGAAAGAACAUAUUUGGGAACAGAUCAAAAAGUUCCAUGUCAGUGUUUUACACAAAGUUGGAGGAUAAAAAGUUACUCAUUACUAUCAUGGGCCCCUUAUAUGAGGAGUUUGACAGUCAACUCAAACUGCAGGGAAAGAGCAGCGAAGAGAAAACUCGACAAGUUAGGAUCUGUUGGAGCUCUCACAAUGAAGCCAUGAUUAAGUUGCUGCUAUGGUGUGUGUCUGUGUGUGUGUGUCUCUAUGUGUCUGUGUGUGUGUGCUUGGGUGUUAUGUUUCAGGAGUGAAGAUGUAGAUAAGCUAUCAGACCCGGGAAAGCAGCACCCUCAACCUAAAAGCAUAUUCGACUUUGAGCCUGGAAAGAGCAGCGCUUCAGAGAGCCACAGCCAGGUACGAGUCAGAAACAGGCCGUGAUAUUUUUGAUGCCUCCAGAAUCAAAUGUGGAUUCUUUGAGCUCCAGAUCGAUCCCGCGCUCUUGUUCUUGUUGGCUCUAAUCUCUGGGAUUCUUUGUGUUGUCCUGCACUGUUUUCCCAAAGCAGGUCUUAAGAACAAGUUUGAGGAUAGGCGCCUUUUCUUCAAGGAUUAGCAUCAUGUUUCACCUUCUCACGCGAGGACACUUCUGAAUGUGCUCUUUCUACAGUUUAUCUGUGCUCGCUUUUUCUUUUCUUCAGAGGAUCCAACAGCUUUUAUAUAACCUACUAACCUCUUCAAGACAAGAAAAAGCAAGAUUAAAGAGUUUAUGCUGUUGUUUAACUGAGAUUCAAUGAUUUACAAGCGGGUGUUGGUGACACUUGACUCCUGUUUAUUCAUCCCCGGGGUUGUAAUUUAUUAUCUUGUGUAUUAUCCGCUGUCCGGGAGCUUUUAUAACAGAGUGUGCAAAUCUUUGUAUGCGUCUCUCUCUGUUUGAAAGCCCUCGGCGAGUUACCUAGUGUGGCCUCUAAAGUUGUUUUCUUUUUCAAUGGCUCUUGUAACAAUGUCCCAGAUCUGGUGCAAAUUGUGCCUUGUGUCUGUGCCCGUGAAGAAAAGGAAUCUUUGUUUCCAGUCCCCCACGGGAGCAGAGGUGUCUUGUGAUCCGUAUUAUGGUGUUAACCUCUUGUGGUGUUUAAUGGCUCACAGCAUGGAGACUUAUUUCAUUUCCUCAACAUGACGGCGGCCUGUGUUCAGUCCCCCCCAGAUGACGUUUAGAAAGGCAGCGUGCGGACCAUAUCAGGUGUUGAGCUGUACUCGAUGACAGUACAGUCUGGGAUUGUUGCGAGGAAGACUCCCAGCUGAGGGGGGGAAGGAUUUGGCUUUCAGAGAGACACCUCCAGCCAAGGUUAUGCAGGAAAAAAAUGAAAAUGGGACAGGGAGGUUAUGAGGUUCUUGAAAGCAGAGCCUUAUAAAGUAGUGCUUGGUGGAAUCAGCUGUUUGAGAGGUAUUUUACUUCUGUAAGGAGAAGCAGAAGCAGUAUUACCGGCUAAUGUAAUCAGUUAGUUUAAAAUCAAUGAAAGAAACAUGUGGAUCAUAUCAUCUUACUCUGCCUGUACAGGGUCUGUGUGCAGCUACAGUUCAAACAUCAGAUGUUGAGACUGAAAAUUUAGUCUUUUUUUGAUAAAUAUAUGCUUGAUUUGAAUUUAUUGCCACCAGCACUUUAAAAUAAGUCCAGACAGGAUCAUAUUUAUCACUUCUUCUGUUAAUGAGGAGGUGAGUUUACAAAGUUUGGAAAGUUCUUGUCUGACUUAUAGGGUUUCAACUGUCUCCCUUUUCUUUUUCAUGUCAUAACGCACCAAAUAUUUUUCAAUGGGACUGCAAGCUGUCCAUUUUAGCACCUUAGCUUUGAACUUUGAAGUGUUUUGACACCUACACUGUGUUUUUGUGGACAAUAGGGAUGGGAGUCACCAGUGGCCCCACGAUACAAUAUUAUUGCGGUUUUUAACAUUUUGCAACACAGUGAGUAUUGUGAUACCAUAUAUUGCGAUUUAUACAAUUUUUUCAACUGUUUAGCUAAUUUAGCAUUUGUCUUUCCUUUACGUUCGUCUUAUUUAAGCUGAAUUUUAUUUUCAGGUAGCACAUAUUGCUCACCUUUUAUAUAUUUGUUGUACUAACUUUAUCCUGCUCUAUUAUGUAACCUUUGCCAACCUCAAUGGACAACUAGUUGAUUUUAUUUUUACAUUAUCAUUGAUUAGACUUCAUAUUAGCAAUUAAUUUGAAAAAUCGAUACUUGGUGAAUGAGACGAUACGAUAUAUCACCAAACAAAAUAUCGCGAUACUGUGCUGUAUUGAUUUUUACUCCCACCCCUAACGGACAAAAUCAGUAUAUAGAUAAUAAAAUAAACCUUAUAAUGUGUCCUGUCUUUUUUCAUCAGGCUCAUUUAUCUCCAAAGAAACAACCUGAGAAACCCAAGUCUUCUUCAAUCGAGGUAAGCUGCUCCUGACGUGGCUUCAGUUUCUGUCUUCCUCCAGUCGCUUUAUUUGGGUUAAAGAACAAAAAAGAAAAAAGUCAUUACAAAGGGACACCAUCAGCUCCAAAAGUCUUUAAGUAUUUUAAUUUUGCCCUUCGACUCAGGCCAGUCUGGUCUCUGAGCUGAGUCAGUUUGAGGCUGAGCUGGACUCGGAGAUCCAGGGUCUGGAGAGGACACUUUCCCAGAAGAAGCAGCAGCAUCGAGGCCGGGGUGAGGUACUGAGCCCCCGUCCUGACUGUGUCUGCUCAAGCAUCCCUUCACCUCACCAGAAUCCUCACUCUCCCACUCUCACCCACUCUCACCCUGACUGAAAUCUGAGUGAGACCCCUCCUGCCUGCUAGCUUUGACCUCCAAUGUUGUUGUCCUUCCUCUUUUGACGUAGAUGACAGAAUCUUCCGCCUGCAUGGCAUUUUGGAUCGAUCUGUUUUGUUCAUCACCCGCCUGCUCGACCCCCUCCCUCACAAAUUUGGCUGCAAAAAAAAAAGUGAACUUUUGCAAACAAUGACUUCUUUGUGAUCAUGUUGUUUUGCAAUCCCUCAGUGCUUGAAAGUUCUGUGAUUGAUUCUGCUCUUUGCUAUAUCUGCUGUGAUUUUCGCUGAACUCAGAGAAGGCGCAGACAGAUCAUGAGAGUGGCGUUUGUUUGUGUUUUAGCCCGAGGAGGAUAGGACCCAGGGGAUUUCUUGCUCCUUUGGGAGUGGUCAGCACCUCCACUUUGUCUGAGUUGUUGUGAGACUUCCUCUGAGCUGUGAGAUACACCAAGCUGCAGGGAGCAGACUGUGUUUUAACUGUUCACUGUGCUUUCAGGAGGCCAGAGGCAGGGACACAGUGACUGCUGCGAAGACCGGCGCUACAAAUUACAGGUCAGUGGCUGCAAAACUUAAAAGAGCGAUGUGGAAUAUUACAACUCUGAAUGAUACGGUGCAGUUUUUAUUGCUUUUUUUCUGAACUAAAGAAUGCAUUCUCUUAUUCGAGACGCUUUUCAACUAAAACUUAAAAUAGAGACAUUCUCCACAUAUUGCGUAUCUUUCAUACAAUCAAAAGGGUGAUUUUUAAACUUACAAAUAAGUCAUUUUAAAGUUGAUUCAAGUGUAUUCUUCUUGGCACAUUUACAAAUCUGUAGCCCUGUUUUCUCUUCAUCAUGGUGUAAAAAUGAAGUUAAAUCACUCUGUUGCUGUUUUUCAGCAGGUCCUAAAGUGAUUUUUUUCCUAAUGUGCGGAUUGUAAAGGUUAAUGCAGGGUCAGUCAUCACGUAACAGACCUCCUCUGGGCCAAACACCAGGCCUCUUAAACCUACUUUGAUGUUGCUUCAUCAAGUGGGAGUAACUUCACAGUAAUUCUUGCUGCUGUUUCUUUUUUUUUCUUUCAUUAAAUCGAACGCAGCGCUGUGAUUGGACACAACGAGCGUUAAAUGUCUGCAGGGUACCUUUUCUGUUUCUUAACCAGGUGGCCUCUCAGUUCUGGACUCUGUUAGGGAAGCUGUUGUUGUUUAACAAGCUGAGCUUCAGUAUUUGUGACUUCAAACAGCGAGCUGCUUUCCACAUUUCUCACCGCGUGUGUCAUGCUCUCCACCAGGGUUGCUGUUGUUUGCUAAGCUGAGUUCACAGCUUUUGACCUUUCCUGGCUCUGAGUGGAUGAGGGGCUUUCUUUUACAGAACCUGUUGCUAAGGACACAUGAAACUAAACAGCAAAAUAGUCUUUUUUUUUUUUUUUUUUUACAGCUUCCUGUUAUGUCGUCAAGCUCUCGCAUGUGUCCCAGCUGUAGAUACUGGAAGGUUUGCCAACUCUGACUGGAAAUAUGUAAAUAAGUUCAGAGGAAGUGCACUGAUUUUUCUGGGUAAUUUAAUAUCAUAAGAGUCAGAGUUACAGUUCAAGGAUAACACCAUGACUCACACACUUAUCAUCUGUUUGACCCUUUUUCACUGUUACAUUAUCUGUCUUAUCACCGCUCAGUGUGGGGAGGCAGCAGCUGCAUCCAGAUGUGGCGCACACUGCAAAAAAUGAAUUUCAAGAAAGAAAAACAGCCUCGUAUUAAGGGAAUAAGUCUAAUUUUUUUGUACAAAAAGAAUAUUAAUCUUGUCAAGCAUGUUUGGCAUUAGAAAAAUGAUCUAAUUUGAAGAAAAAAAACGGCUGACUUUUUCUCGAUAAGAUAUUCCAGCUAAUUUUGAGAUAGAAUGAACCAGAAAAAGAGCAGAAAAAGGUUUUACAAUUAAAUCCAGCGGAGCCACAAGGUCAUUCGUCUCAUUUUAAGAGUAAGACAUAUGUAGAACUUCUCAGUUUAAGAAUGCCAUGAAACAAGAACAGCUGAUCUUUGUUUAAAUUAAGAUUUCUAUUGCAGGUCAUCUGAACCUGACAGAAUCUGCUGCCUCAUACAUUAUAUGACAUAUAAAGAUGUCAGUCGGCUAGUCUGUACAACAGACAACAUAAUACAGGGACCAGAUGAAAACUGCAAAACAACAAAGAACAUGCUUGCUUGUGGAAUAAAAAAUAUAUAUUUAAUGAGAAUGUUUUGGUAUCUUGAUUUAAGGCAACAUCACUCAUAUUUGUUAUGCUGUUUUAAGAAAUUAUGUCUUAGGCUACGUUCACACUGCAGGUUAUGAUGCACAAUUCAGAUUUUUUGUUAAAUCUAAUCGUGCGGUCGUUCACAUUACAACAACGAAUGCGGCAUCUAAUGUGAACGGAACACAUCCGUGAAGUGACCCGCAUGCGCACAAAGCCCAAAUUGCUUUCUGCGCCUGUUUGUGUUGUCGAACAAUGAUGACGUUUGUCGCAUAUCGAUGACGUAUAGGUCGGAUGAACGCAACCUGAGCGUCCACUCUGCAGUCACAUCGGAUACAUAUCUGAUUUAUAUCCACAUACAAAAGAGGCCUGGGUCGGAUUUGAAAAAUUCAGAGUUGCACUGUUCAUGAAAAAAUCAGAUAUGUGUCACAUAUGGUUAAAAAAUCGGAAUUGACCUGCAGUGUGAACAUAGCCUUAUUUGAAAUAUUGUCAUGCUCAGUAAUAAUCCCAGAUUAAGGUGUAUUUUCUUGAAGUUCAUUCAUUCAAGAGACUAAAAUUCCAAUUUUAAGUAACUUCAUCUUCAUUUUUCAGUGCUUGCUGUAGAAAAAAUUUGAUUAAUAAAAGAUUUUCUGUCUAGUUUUAAGUUUCAUUCGAGUCUGUCAGGGCCAAGAAAUUUGUUCUUAUUUUGAGAAUUCUUGUCAAGCAAAAAAAAUCUUACCCCAUUGGCAGAUUUUUUUUUGCUUGAUAUGAGAUUAUUUGAUUAAAUAUAAAGAUAUUUUGCUUCUUUCUAGUGGGGCUGUUUUUGCACUGCAAAUCAGCAGGAAAAAGGAACACACACAUGCGCACACACACACACAAGCAGACUAAGGUGUUGUGUGUAUUCCAGCAAGUUUGACACUUUUUAUUCCAUCAGAGACCUCCAUGUAUGAUCUGGAGGCACAGUGGUUUGCUUGCUGGGUUAAUAUAUCUUCAUUUUAGAGGAGCAGGAGGAUGUUUACACUUUUUUACACCUUGCUUACCUUUCCAGUUCACAUAUUUAAAAGACAUUUACAGUGUUGAGUUUAAGAUAAACAUAAAAAUGUAUUUAUUUUUUCACUUUUGUAGCGAUCCAUCAGCAUCAAAGCAGCCCGUCCAUCGCUUUGCCGGCACAUCAUCGCCCUCCGCUCCGACACAUGGUAAACAUGGAGAUCCUUUACUCUCGACACACAUGAACCUUGUGAUUUUUCCCACCAUUUCACUCCCUCUCCAAAAAAAAAAUCCCUACAUUCACACCGCUGAUUCAAUCAGGCUGCAUAUAUUUGAUGAAAGCUGUUUGUAAUCUAAUAUAUUCUGAAGGUCCCAUGAUGCUCUUUGCGUCAGCUCUGGUAUUUCACAUUUGCGAUGUGGCUGUUGGUGUGAACGUGGAAAGCUUUCACAGUUUUUUUCCCCUUAAGGAUCAGCUGGAGAUGGGUGGGGAGGAAGCCCACAAAAAUAGGAAGUGGAACCAGGAAGACCUGAUUAAAGAUUGGCUUUAUCCAAUUGUUUUUCCUGAAUAUUAGUGCAGAGAGCGAGCAUGAAUAGAGUCUAAGAUCCUUUGAUUGCUUUUUUCCAUUGCAACCCGUGUAGGAAACAUUUGCUGAACAAAAGAGUGCACGUUUCAGACUCAUACAAAUUGUUGUGCGUUCACUUUCUCUCACAGUAGAACGUCUAUCGCCUGCAAAUGAAACCAUGGAGCUCCCGCCUAAGAAAGAGGAGAAAAAGGUUGGUUCCCAUGAUUUUCUUUUUUUACCUGAUAAGCCUGUAAAAUCGUUUUCAAACAUGCGCUUCCUGAGUUCUUUCUGCAUCGUUUAAUAACUGAAUCUGUGCAAAAUCUCCAGUAAACUGAAUGGCAUGUUUGUUUUUCCAGAUGAAAGCAGCGCGUGCCAAGUUCAACUUCCAGGCCCAGUCGCCAAAGUAAGAGACAUUUGGAGCUAAUAUAAUAAAAGUGUUUUUUCCCCCCCCUUCACUUCUCUGAAAGAAAGCAACAAUCUAACAAAAGUUCGAUAUUUUUCUUUAAGUGCUUCUUGAACUUGUGUCUUCAUCCUUUCUUCUGUGUCUCAUCAUCCUAAUUUCUUUCCUCCAGGGAGCUAAUGCUGCAGAAAGGCGACAUUGUUUACAUCCACAGGCAGGUGGAUGCAAACUGGUUUGAAGGAGAGCAUCAUGGAAGAGCUGGCAUUUUCCCCACAACUUAUGUCGAGGUAAAUUCCUCCGUCAUGUCUGGUUCUUGCUGCUUUUUUUUUUGUCACUUUGUGUCAGUCGGAUUUGAAUCUCUCUCUUCUCUACAGAUCCUUGCUCCUACAGAGAAGCCAACUCCGAUAAAGUCUCCAACUCUACAGGUGCUGGACUAUGGAGAGGCUGUGGCUCUGUUUAACUUCAACGCUGACCUUCCUGUUGAGCUUUCCUUUCGUAAAGUAAGUUUGCUUUCCUCUACACCUCUAUGCUUACAUAGUAAACUACAUGAUAGUAUUAGUUUCCCAGUUACUCAGCAUGGCAUUGUGGUACAAUGGCCUCUUUGCCCAACUUUGGUUGUCUUUCUGGGUUAGAUAAAACCCGUGUUUGUUUGUAGGCUUGUUAACUUAGCUUUGCAGGAAACAAUGGGGGAUAACUGACCAUCUAGACUGUUUCUUCUCAGUGAAAUUCACCUUCUAGCAUCUCUCAAACACAAAAAUGUACAGACUCUAAGUUGUGCAGCGACUAAAAAAGUUCAAGAAAAACUCUUUUUCUAAACCAAACCAGAUGGCACAGUACAGCAGCUUUAAUUUGCCUGGUUUCUGGCCCUACAAGGGAACAUGGUAGGGUGACCAUAUGUCCUCUUUUACCCAGACAUGUCCUCUUUUUUGGAGGAUGUCCAGCUUUGUCCGGGGAAGUUUAUAAAAUCCUUUAAAUGUCCACAGUUUUGUACGAAAGUUUCGAGUUUGUGUCACGUUGACUUACUGAGUCAGAAGACACUCGAUCAGACCCAAAAAACUCAAAAUUAACUUUGUGAGACUCCACCCCCGCAUUGUCUUGUCCUCUUUUUGGGAAGUCAGAAUAUGGUCACCCUAGAACAUGGCAAAAAAAAAAAAUCUGCAGAUCUUUAACCUAUCUGAUCAGGUAAAAAAAAUCUCCACAUAUAUUUUACUUUUACUUUUAAUAUGAUUCCUAAAACCAUAUUAUAAUGACUGAUAUUUAGUCUUUUUUCUUCAGGGUGAGGUGAUCAACAUCACCCGGCGAGUGGAUGAUCAGUGGUUAGAGGGCAGGAUCACAGGGACCAGCCGGAGCGGCAUCUUCCCGGCCAGCUACGUCCAGGUCAACAAGAUGCCCCGCACCAAAUACUCCACAGAUGACUACUCACCCGGCCCAAUGUCUCCAGUCUCCCCCGGACCCCAGAGUCCAGGGCGUCCCCUCCACUCUCCCUGCCCUCGCUCACCGCUGUCCCCCUUCACCCCCACCUCUCUCAGUCCUAAACCAAGUCACUCCCCUCUAAAUCCGUCCUCACCUGUACCUCACAGCAGCCCGGCUUCACAGUCACGCUCCCCAACCCAGACACCCGUAUCCAAAGAGACGGCCAAUCGGUGGCCUCACAGCACCCCUAAAACUGUUUCACCCACCAACCAGAACAGCCACUGGGCAGGGACACACUCCACUAAUGCGAGCUCCAUGAACCGAGCAGUUUCACCGUCCAAUCAGGUGUCAGCAUCUGCACACAGAGCAGCAGCGUCCACAGCCAACACUCCCAGAUACACUGACCCUGCUCAGGUCUGCUCUCACUGUCUGCCUGCAUGUCCUCAUUGUGCUGUUGUGUAGACAGGAUCAUUCAUCAGUCUGUAUUUCAUAACGCCUGACAUGAGGUUUUCUUUCCCUCCAGGGUGCAAUACCAAACCAGUCUGCUCCACAUGUUAACUCCCUGCCGCACACACAAGCUCCUAAUAGUCCUGGUCCUGUGGCGCAACGCCAACCGUACGUCUCUGUGUUUCUUUUUUUUUCUUCACACUGCUGCGGUACAGACAAAGUUUAGGCAAACCUGUGGCUCAGACUGUGUUUGUUUGUUUGUUCCCUCUCUCUCUUAGAUAUAAAGCUGUUUACAACUACAAACCACAAAAUUCAGAUGAGCUGGAGCUCAAAGAAGGAGACAUCGUUCAAGUGAUGGAGAAAUGUGAUGACGGCUGGUUUGUAGGUGAGAAACGGAGAAAAAUGUCUUCAUUUGAAAUCUUCUGCUGAGAUAUGUUGAGAUGUUUUUAACACAGUCAGUGAGGUGAAUUUAAGCAGACAUGCAGCAAACUGAAUGAAAAUUUUUAAGCUGAUCAUCUUUAUACUUUAAAGGCCCAUUCAGUGUCUCUUGUGAGGCACCUGGAUUUGGUAUAUUAUUUCCUCAUAUGCUCUAUCUCUCUGUGCACUGUUACCAGUGAAGGAGAUUACAAAUGUUAACUCUUGGUUUCUUUACUUCUUUAUGUCAUUUAAGCCUAUAAACAACAGUUAUUCAUUGUUUUUUAGUGUUUACAUUUCAGUGUAAAACACGUUUAGCUCAUCUGUAAUUAAUCGUGCCUUAUAACUACAUUAAAUUGCUCCUUAUACGUCCUUUAAAAAUAGAUGGGGAAUGAAAUCAUUUUAAAUUAAAAGCACAGUGAGGAGUUUUAAACCGAUUUUGGUUGCCUAACUCUUAUACAGAUGCCUCUCCAUGACCAACACUGUAAAAUGAGAUGACUGGCAACAAAAUUAAUUAUUACUUCAAACUGCUACUUUUAAAACUGAGCUGAUAAAGGUUCAGAGCAAAUUCCAAAAGAUAAUUUUUCUUUUACCCAGAGUUUUGUACUCCUGGUUGAUACUGGAGCAGCAAGCUGUUUCACAUUUUCAGCUUAUUUGGACAGUUAUUGAUACACUGGAGCACACAUCACACUUGGGCUGUGAUGGGUAAAGUGAAACCAGUAGGUCUAACCACCCCAUGUAAGCUAGCUGAGGGUGAUCAACUGGAGUUUGCAAAGUCUAGUUGAUAUUUUACUCAAAAUAUUACUUUACCAAUUUGAUCCUCCAAAAAGUAGGUUUGAACAAAGAAUUACUGAAAAGAAAGUCUGUAUUUUACCCGUUUACUAUCACAACAAAUGUCUACUUUGGUAAUAUCCACAUCUUAGAGACAGUGGGACAGUGGGCUGGUGGGAAAUGCAGCAUUUAUCCCAGAAAUACACCAGAAUCAACACGUGAAAACCCUUCGCAGUGCUUUUAAGGCAUUCAAAGUUAUGAUUUACAGUAAAAGGGUUUGGCGGUUUUUAAAAAUGUUCCCAACAUUUCAUUUAGCUAAACACCAUUCUUGAGGCAACAAAGUAUUUCUCUUUAAUUGUGACCAUACCAAAAUAUUCAGCUGUGUCAGCGCCCCCUCUAGUGGACACCAUGCUGCAUUGCAAAUAAACAGUUUUUGAAGCAUAUGUACAGACAGUUAUUUCAUCUUGCAUAUUUUUAAGUGCGGUCUUUUCUUCUCUGCAGGUACGUCAGAACGAACUCGUGCUUUUGGGACUUUUCCUGGGAAUUACGUGGCACCAGUUUGACCUCCCCACUUCCACUCUGCCCACAAACACCUGAACUCACAAGAGUCACUUUAACUCACUCCAACAAACCCCGCACUGAUACCACAGCGUUUCCUAAUCACGUUUAACCACCGCACUCUAAAAUAAAUUAGCAAAAUUGCAUGUUCAUGAUGGGUGAAAGCAGGGGAAUGGAAGUGGUUUCUCACCUCACCUCCCCGCAUGAGAGCAUGUGUGUGUGUGUGUGUGUUCCACUGGGAGCUGUGGAGUGUUUUCACACACAGCACAUUACAGGAAGGAAUGAAUGCUGAUGAUACUGUUUCAGAUGCAAAGAAAGGGCUGUUUUGUUCCACAACUGUUUGCAGAUGUUGGAAAUUUGCAUUCUUUCCCCGUGAACAGCACAGAUCCCCACUGAUACAGUGUGAUCGUUCAUUCUUCGGCUUUUUACCACCACAAAACCACUGCUGACAAUUUUUGAAUCAGAAUGACACAUUUUUAUUUCUGGCAUUUCAGUGGAUUAACAUUUCCUUCAAAUAUCUUUAGAUUUCGCUUCGGAUUUGUGAAAAAACCCAAGACAAGUUUAAGGAAACAACAGGAACAUCUGUAAAUAUGUGCUGAAAGUAAAGCACAGUGAGUGCUGCAACACGUCAAGUUGAGUUUACUGCCUUUCAUUAGCCUAUGCAGAAAAGCAAAUGUAAUUGAUGCAUGUUCUUUUUUGUUUGUUUAAGCUUUUUUUUAAUGCAUUCAUCCCUCUAAAGCCAUGAAGAGGAAAGCCAAAGGGGAAUAACGUCCUGCUAGAUUAUAAAAUGCUAUAAUCUGAAUAAUCAAAGUUUUGUAAACUUCUGAAACUCUGCAGCCAAGUUUUGAAAGAUGAUCAAGAGUAUUUUAAGUACUGCUGUAUGUGCCAAAUUGAACCUUUAGUGCAAUCUGUUAAACUCUCCACCGAACAAAACCAGCUCACUUUACAUUUGCUACUACUGCUUUUGUGACGUUUCUCUGCUUAAUGGAUUAACACUUUAACAGUAUUUCUAAAACCACUAUCAUGUAUCUCCUUUAACCCUCGACAGCUGUGAUGUUUUUAACUCUAACAACGACACACUUACCGUGAAGUCUUCAUGCAUUUUCAUGUAUCUUAUUUUCACUGUAAAAAGAAAUCAAAUAUAGUAGAAACAGGAGAUGAUUGUACAGACUGUAACCUUUUAUCAAAUUGAAAGUAUAAUAUAUUUGCUUAUAAAAACAAUGUAUCUUAUGUAUGGUACGCAUUUUUUAAAGCAAUUAAACAUUACAGAGUGAUACUGAGAG